CCCGCCCUAACCCACUCGUCCGGUUUUGGAAUCAGACCAUCAUCAGCCAAGAGGACUCUCUGUCUCUCCCUCCCUGUGUAAACCCCAAUCCCAGAACUUCUUUUGCAGAUCCAUAAACCCUAAUGUUCCAUCCUCAUGAAACCACCUAUCCCAAUUUCACCUACUUGCCUCACCAAUCCCAUUCCACAAUCCCCAACAUUAGCCUUGGUCCGCUCUUCUCUCAACCUGUUCUUCAUCCCACCAGCAUCGAUCCGUAUGCUCACUCCAGCUUAUAUCCUUCAAUUCAUGUUGUAUUGGGCGGCCAGGCAACAAGUUAUGAAGACCCAAAUGCAGUUUCACAGAAUUGGGUUGUCAAGAACGCUGGUCCCAUUACAUAUGAACCUGCUGUUAAGCCUUCAAAUGAGAAGGCAGUAGUGUCAACAAGUUUGAACUCCUUAUGGAGCAACAAUCAACCUUUGGUGAAUGAUAUGACAAUUAGAAUACCAGAGCAAACCAAGGUCAUUCAGUCCUUGAGGUGUGAAGUUUGCAACAUUGAUUGUAAUAGCAAAGACGUUUUGGAGAAGCAUAUAUCAGGGAAGAAACACAACCGAAAUUUACAAAUUCAUACUAAUCAGGUUUCUACUACAAUAUCCACAAAAGAUUCCAUUGGAAUGAACACUGGUAGUCUCGUAGGCCAAAUUGGCAGUAUAAGUCAUCAAAGAAUAUUAGGGUCAGCAGGUGCAGCUGCUGGUCAGUCUUUGGUGGCAAAGAGAUUGAAGCUUGUGGAAGGUGGUGCAGUAGCAGAUUCUGUGAGGACCUGCACAAUAUGCAACGUUGCUUGCAAUAGUGAAGUAGUGUUCCAGAAACAUCUUACUGGUAAAAAGCACGCUGCCCAGGUUGGCUUAAGACCUCAACAUUUAGUUGUCCAGCCUCAUAGCAAUGGUAUAUGGAGUAAAGUCCCAAAAAAACCCAAGUUUGUUCAAUCUGCAUGGUGUGAAGUCUGCAAAAUCAAUUGUAACAGCAGCGACGUCUUCACCAAACACAUACUGGGAAAGAAACACCUGAAGAACUUGGAGAAACUAGCAGAACCAAAAAAGGACACCAGCACCUCUGCCUCAACUGCUGCACAGGUCACCACAAAUCCGAUAAUAGGACCAAUGGAAUGGCUGGAUGCUAGUAAAGGUAAAUCAACUGCUUCGGUAGAGCCAGGAAAGAGGCCAGCCCAGUUGCAGACACAACAAGAGGAUCUGGACAUAAAGAAACAGAAAAUUGUAGAAGGUGGAGCAGCAGCUGGUGCAGUGAGAGCUUGUACUAUAUGCAAUGUGGUCUGCAAUAGCCAGACAGUCUUCAACAUUCAUCUCUCCGGCCAGAAGCAUGCUGCCAUGGUGAAGAAACUGGGUGAAUCCACUGCAGCAUAAAGACGGGUACCCGGCAUGUUAAAACAUCUUUAGAGUAGCCCUUAGUAGUCUUCAACAUUCAUCUUUAUGCUGAAGUUGCAUGAUGUAAAUGAAAGAAAAAGCCCUCAGUAGUGGACUGUAUAGAAAUAUAUUGCCAAAUCCUCUUCUUUCUUUGUCUCUUACUGUUUGAGCCCAUUUGUGUGAAUCCAAAAUUAAAAAUGACAAGUUAAGAUUUCAUCUAUUCUACAAAUUUAAGGCA